CUGCCCAAUAAAAACACACACCCACAUCUACCCAAAACUUUCUUCUUUGGCCGAUUCUUGGGCUGUAACUUUCAUAAACAUCUAAAAGCUUGGAGCGGGGGCGGGGGAAGGACUCUAUGGAAACUCUCCGGCUAGAGCGUCUGGUGGAAAUGACGUAGAGGGUGCUCAGCGGUAAACCCUGACCUUUGACCCGUUAUGUCAGGGCUCGAGCCUUAAGGGAAAUAAGAACCGUUGGCGUCUCCUCCCCUCCCCCCUCCCCUGGCAUGGCCGGUCAGAAGAGCGCGGGCACCCUGCUGCAGGCCGGCUUCCCGACAAGCUCAGAGCUAAGAACACGAGUUCUUCAGUUCGUAGAAGACAGAAUGCAGACCACGAUGGUAAUGUUGACUGGAAUCAUCAUCGGUACCGCAGUCGCCUUGUCCCUUGUCAGCAUCGCGGUGUAUUUUGUUUACAGAAAGGUGAAGGAAUCGAGGCAACCUCAGCCCCAAGCGCCUCAGUACAGGUUCCGCAAGAGAGACAAAGUCAUGUUCUACGGCCGCAAGAUCAUGAGAAAGGUCACGACUCUGCCCAACUCCCUGGUCGGAAACACGGUGCCCCGCCAGCGGAUGCGGAAACGGGCCAAAGUCCUGUCCUUGGCCAAGAGGAUCCUGCGUUUCAAGAAGGAGUCCCCCACCCUGCAGCCGAAAGAGCCCCCUCCCUCCCUGCUCGAAGCCGACCUGACGGAGUUCGACGUGAAGAAUUCCCACUUGCCCUCGGAAGUCCUCUACAUGCUGAAGAAUGUCAGGGUCCUUGGGCACUUUGAGAAGCCCCUCUUCCUGGAGCUGUGCAAGCACAUGGUCUUUGUGCAGCUGCACGAAGGAGAGUACAUCUUCCGUCCCGGCGAGUUGGACAACAGCAUUUAUGUGGUGCAGGAUGGCAAGCUGGAAGUCUGCAUCCAGGAGAGCGACGGCACAGAAGUGGUGGUCAAAGAGGUGCUGGCCGGGGACAGCGUCCACAGCCUCCUGAGCAUCCUGGAUGUCAUCACGGGUCAUCCUGCUCCCUACAAAACCGUUUCCGCCCGGGCAGCCACCCCUUCCACCAUCCUGCGCCUUCCAGCCAAUGCGUUCCAGGACGUCUUCCAGAAAUACCCUGAGACCCUUGUCAGGGUGGUGCAGAUCAUCAUGGUGAGGCUCCAGAGAGUCACUUUCCUGGCCUUGCACAACUACCUGGGCUUGACCACCGAACUCUUCAACUCUGAGAACCAGGCCAUCCCACUGGUGUCGGUGGCGAGUGUCACCUCCGGCGGAAACGCCGGCAAAGCGGUGAAGAGGCAGCUUUCUAACCUGUCGGAGGAAGAGCGGGCGGAAAAGCAGGAGAGGCCGGGGGCUUCCUCGGAGACCGAGGCAGCGAAGUCUCCGAGGUCCGAGAUUCCCCUCCGAAGGAGCCUGUCUUUGACCUCCUCCCCUGUGUACGCCGAUACUGCUGGGUUCCUGGCUAGUGCCAAAGACUUGGACAUGGCGUACGAGAGAGCCCGGGUCUCCGUCUCUUCCGAAGAGGCCCUUUCCAGCCCUGCUGCUUACAAGUCCAUCUUGAAGAAGACGGUGACCGUGACGGAAAUGCCCUCGGCCGUCUUCCACUACACGCAGGACCCCCUUGGCACGCUGGAGCCUGGCACCAGCAAGCAGGUGGACACCAUCUUUGCGGCGGCCAAGAAGGACCUUUUAACCCUGAUGAAGCUGGACGACCCCUCUCUCUUGCACGGGAAGGUGAGCCUCCAUCAGGUGACGGCAGGGACCGUGGUGUCGAGGCAAGGCGACCAGGACGUCAACAUCCGGUUUGUGAUCUCGGGGAUGCUCCACGUCUACCAGCGGAAGAUCGACUCGGAGGAGGAGACCUGCCUCUUCAUCACCCACCCCGGGGAGCUGGUGGGCCAGCUGGCCGUCCUCACGGGGGAGCCCCUCAUCUUCACCCUCAAGGCCAACCGGGACUGCACCUUCCUCUCCAUUUCCAAAUCCCACUUCUAUGAGAUAAUGCGGGAGCAGCCAACAGUUGUCCUGGGUGUGGCUCACACGGUGGUGAAGAGGAUGUCGUCCUUCGUGCGGCAGAUCGACUUUGCCCUGGACUGGAUGGAAGUGGAAGCUGGACGGGCUGUUUACAGGCAGGGCGACAACUCGGACUGCACCUACAUCGUGCUGAACGGGCGGCUCCGCUCCGUCAUCAGGAUGGACGACGGGAAGAAGCACCUGACGGGCGAAUACGGCCGCGGGGACCUCAUUGGCGUGGUCGAGGCCUUAACCCAUCAGCCACGGGCAACGACGGUCCAUGCAGUCCGCGAUUCUGAGCUCGCCAAGCUUCCGGAGGGAGCCCUGACCUCCAUCAAGCGCAAAUUUCCUCAGGUGGUGACGCGACUCAUCCAUUUGCUGGGCGAGAAGAUUCUGGGCAGCCUCCAGCAAGGGGGUCACCCGCUCGGACUCCACACGCCCAGCAGCAAAUGGGACUCCAGCAACCCGGCCAGCAACCUCUCCACCGUGGCCAUCAUGCCGGUGUCGGAAGACGUGCCCCUCGCCACCUUCACCCUGGAGCUGAAGCACGCGCUCUGCGCCAUUGGUCCCGCUCUUCUGCUCACCAGUGACAACAUCAAACAGCAACUUGGAUCUGCAGCCCUGGACAGCAUCCACGAGUAUCGGCUCUCCAGCUGGCUGGGCCAACAAGAGGACAUGCACCGCAUUGUGCUCUACCAGUCGGACAGCAGCCUCACCCCGUGGACCCAGCGCUGCAUCCGGCAGGCCGACUGCAUCCUGAUUGUGGGGCUGGGAGAACAGGAGCCCACGGUUGGAGAGCUGGAGCGCAUGUUGGAGAACACGGCGGUCCGUGCCCAGAAGCAGCUGAUCCUGCUCCACCGAGAGGAAGGGCCCCUGCCUUCCCGGACCGUGGAGUGGCUCAACAUGCGGAGCUGGUGCUCGGCCCAUCUCCACCUCCGCUGCCCCCGGCGCGUCUUCUCCCGGCGCAGCCUGCCCAAGCUGAAAGAGCUGUACGAGCGCGUGUUUCAGAAGCCUCCAGACAGGCACUCGGACUUCUCCCGGCUGGCCCGCAUCUUGACUGGGAACGCGAUCGCUUUGGUGCUUGGAGGAGGCGGGGCACGGGGCUGUUCCCAGGUGGGCGUCAUCCGGGCCCUGAACGAAGCCGGCAUCCCGGUCGACAUGAUCGGGGGCACCUCCAUCGGGUCCUUCAUGGGCGCCCUCUACGCCGAGGAGCGCAGCUACACUCAGAUGCGGAUCAAGGCCAGGCAGUGGGCCAUGAAUAUGAACUCCGUGCUUAAAACAGUCCUAGACCUGACCUACCCGAUCACCUCCAUGUUCUCCGGCGCGUCGUUCAACAACGGCAUCGGCAACAUCUUCAAGGACAAACAGAUCGAGGAUCUCUGGAUUCCUUACUUCACCAUCACGACGGACAUCACCGCUUCGGCCAUGAGAGUCCACACCGACGGCUGUCUGUGGCGCUACAUCCGGGCCAGCAUGUCCCUCUCUGGCUACCUGCCCCCCCUCUGCGACCCAAAGGACGGGCACCUCCUGAUGGAUGGCGGCUACAUCAACAAUCUCCCAGCGGACGUCGCGCGGUCCAUGGGGGCGAAAGUGGUCAUUGCCAUUGACGUGGGGAGCCGGGAUGAGACCAACCUCACCAACUAUGGCGACGCCCUCUCUGGCUGGUGGCUGCUGUGGAAAAGGUGGAACCCCCUCGUGGAGAAAGUGAAGGUGCUGAAUAUGGCAGAGAUCCAGACCCGGCUGGCCUACGUGUGCUGCGUCCGGCAGCUGGAGAUGGUCAAGAGCAGCGAUUACUGCGAGUACAUCCGGCCACCCAUCGACCGCUACGGCACCCUGGACUUCGGGAAGUUCGACGAGAUCUGUGAAGUGGGCUAUCAGCACGGGAGGACAGUGUUCAACGUCUGGAGCAGAAGUGGCGUCCUGGACAAGAUGCUGAAGGACAGGCAGGAGCUCUGCCAGUCCAAACCGUCAUGCAUCGUCACCUGCCCCACCACCUCAUUCACCGACCUGGCAGAAAUCGUCUCCAGAAUUGAACCCGUCAAGCCUGUGGUCGUGGCAGAUGAUGAGUCUGACUACCAGACAGAGUACGAGGAAGAGGUUCUGGGCAGCCACAGGGAUGACUACGUCAACUUCCUGAGUAGCCAGGCAGAAGACGACUCCGACUCCGAUCAAGAAGUCCGGCUCCGGAAGCGGACCAGCAUGGCCAGUCAGGAGAGCCCCUCCGGCAGUGGGACGGAGCUGAGCUAACCCCCCCCGCCCCCCCGAGGCGCUACAGCCUGCCGCAUGCCCACGCAUUCUCUUCUUGCCAUUACAGACUUGCCUGGUUGAGAUGUAGCGGUGUGGCUUUUUCUUUAACUUCUUGCCCAACGUCCGGGCAGGGGCCUCAGCCUGUGGUGGGAGGGCAGGACCCUCACCCAGCCUCCCCUCCUGCCACCCCCACCCCCACCCCCACCCUCCAGUCGUCGUCUUUUUCGGCUACAAGCCCGCAGAAGCCUCCAGAGUGGCUUGGCCCCAAAGGAUUCUGGGGUGGUGCUGUUGGACGCUGGCCGGGUGUGGAGUUGGUGGUACCCUUUCUGCUUGUCCAGUGAACAAGGGGGCGGCACGGGUUGGUUUGUUUUUUUGGGGGGGGAGGCUGCUUUGCCCAGUUCAGGGGCGGUUUUUGGCACUCUGAAGCCAACCCCGCCGCCCCUUGCCGAGAUUUCUGCCGCUCCCUUGCCUGCACCUACGGCUGGGAACAAAAGGUUCUGCUGACAGUUAGCAGGAAGCCGGAAUGUCAAGAUGCAAAUACAUCGGGAUGUUCCCCGCCCGCAUCCGACACGGGGCGAUAACAGAGCCAUCUGUCGGGAGCUGUCGCGUCUGGCGGCAGCGCCAGCAGCUACCUCGCCAGGAACGGUUGGAUUGAAGAAGUGCCUUCGCUGGAUCGCCUUUCUCUGUUGCCGGCUGAGGGGAGGACCCCAGCAAGCAGCUCCCUUGCUCGCCUUUCCGAGACUGCUUCCCGCAGGCCGCCUAAACGAGCCUGUUUCGGGUCAUGGCAUCCGUCUGUCUCUCUCUCUGUCUCUCCCGUUUGUUUUAAUGAACAAAUAAAAACGGCAACCAGA